AGAUGAGUGCUGAAACUUUAAAGUUAUUAGUCUGCUAGGUACUGUUAACUGCUUUUUAGACUCUUCGUAGAGUGAAUUUCUGGAAGACCUGAAUUUGAACCAAUAGAUAAAACACGCACACACACAGACACACGGGCGCCAUUGCCUUGUCAGCUAACCCCCUCUAGUGCCGGGCAUGUUGCACAGAUGCGCACAGUCUCCCAGCAUUGCCCCCGCUUCAGCUGCUGUUCCGCUGCAUCCCAAUCAUUUCUCAAUUUACCGUCCCCAUCUCGCUGCUGCAGCGGAGCGGGAGCUGGCAGUCCGUGGCACGUUACCGUGCCAAACACACGGAUUCUAAAGUCUGUCACGACUCCGUGCGCCAUGGAAACGCACUAGGUUGCAUUUUGUUUUAUACUCGAAACGAUGCUAUAAGGACGGCUAAAGUCCGUGAAGAAUCUGCAAAGUUCUCAGGCGCCAAGAGUCUCUCACAUCCUCCGGAAAUUUGAUUUCCCUUUAAAUAUUUUCGUGACUUUAUCCAAAAGCUCUCCUUUCCGCGCUGGAGCUGCUGCUGGCACCAGGUAAAGGAUGAGUCGCCUUCCGUGCCGUCCCCCGGCUUCUUGCUCCACUCGGGAUCAUCUGUAAGCACCAGGACCAGUGGAUCUUUGCCUCUGGAGAGCCCAGCCGCAUUUACCCCUGAUCACAUUUUUGUUUCUCGGCUUUAUUGUUUUUUAAUGACAAGUACGCCAUUAACACUGCUAAUAAAUGUUGCAGCAGACAUGAGUUUUGGAAACAGAUUAUUCCUCGUUUUAUUCUUUCUCGGAAUUUCCUUCACUCACCUCAGCCGCUGCAAUCAAGUUGUGCUGCUGGAUACAACGUCUGUGCUUGGAGAGCUGGGAUGGAAGACAUAUCCUAUAAAUGGGUGGGACGCCAUCACCGAGAUGGACGAGCACAAUCGCCCCAUCCAUACUUUCCAGGUUUGCAAUGUGAUGGAGCCCAACCAAAACAACUGGCUUCGCUCCAACUGGAUCUCGCGAAAGGCAGCACAAAAGAUCUAUGUGGAGCUCCGCUUCACUUUGCGUGAUUGCAACUCCAUCCCUUGGGUGUCUGGCACCUGUAAGGAGACCUUUAACCUCUUCUACCAUGAGACAGAUGAGGCACACGGUGUCAAGUUUAAGCCCGCUCAGUACACCAAGAUAGACACCAUUGCUGCAGAUGAAAGCUUCACUCAGAUGGAUCUUGGAGAUCGCAUCCUCAAGCUCAAUACAGAGGUGCGGGAGGUGGGACCCAUAACCAAGGAUGGCUUUUAUCUGGCAUUCCAGGACAUUGGUGCCUGCAUUGCUUUGGUUUCGGUGAGGGUUUAUUAUAAGAAAUGUCCCUUCACACUGAGGAACCUGGCCUCGUUUCCAGACACAGUGCCUCGUGUUGACUCUUCCUCUUUGGUGGAGGUGAGAGGUGCAUGUAUUGAUCAUGCUGAAGAAAGAGACACUCCCAAACUGUUCUGUGGAGCUGAUGGGGAUUGGUUAGUCCCACUUGGAAGAUGCGUUUGCAGUGUUGGGUAUGAGGAGAUUGACGGCUCGUGUGUCGCAUGCCACCCAGGCUUCUACAAGGCCUAUGCUGGAAACAUCAAGUGUUCAAAGUGCCCUCCACACAGUUUCAGCUAUGGACAAGGAGUUUCUAUCUGCCGUUGUGAGAAGGGCUUUUUCAGAGCGGAGAAAGAUCCUCCUAGUAUGGCUUGUACACGUCCUCCAUCUCCUCCUCGCAAUUUGAUGUUUAACAUGAAUGACACCUGCCUAAUGCUGGAGUGGUCGCCCCCCAGUGACACCGGGGGUCGCCGGGACCUCACGUACAACGUCCUGUGCAAGCGCUGUGGCCCCGAGCCCAACCAAUGCCAGCUGUGUGAGGAGGAUCUUCGUUUCCUUCCGCGGCCACUGGGCUUGACCAAUGCCACCGUCACUGUCAUGGACUUCUCAGCACAUGCCAACUACACUUUUGAGAUCGAAUCGCUGAAUGGUGUGUCGGACCUGAGUUCCUUCCCUCGACAGGUGGCCAUCAUCACUGUCAGCACUGAUCAGGGUGGUCCAUCUCUGGUGGGAGCUUUAAAGAAGGACUGGGCUUCUCCGAACAGCAUCGCUCUUUCCUGGCAGCAACCUGAGGAGGCAACACUUCCUAUCCUCGACUAUGAGAUCAAAUACUAUGAGAAGGAACAUGAGCAGCUGAGCUACUCGUCAACACGCACCAAGGCCCCCAGUGUGAUUGUCUCAGGUUUAAAACCUGCAACCUGGUACGUCUUUAGUCUACGCACUCGAACACCUGGUGGAUAUAGCUCCUACUCCCCAAAAUAUGAAUACCAAACUACAGGAGACUCUUCAGACAUUGCUUCUGAUCAAGGCCAGGUGUUAGUCAUCGUCACAGCAGCAGUGGGUGGUUUUACCCUUCUUGUCAUCCUCACCCUAUUCCUCCUCAUCACGGGAAGGUGUCAGUGGUACUUUAAGGCCAAGAUGACCUCAGAAGACAAACGACAGACUGAUUAUCAGAAUGGACAUGUCCCUUUUCCAGGUAUAAAGACAUACGUGGACCCUGAUACAUAUGAGGAUCCCACACAGGCUGUCAAUGAAUUCACCAAGGAGAUUGACCCAUCCAGAAUCCGCAUUGAGAGGGUGAUCGGAGCUGGUGAAUUUGGCGAGGUGUGCAGCGGCCGUCUUAGAACGCCAGGAAAAAAAGAGAUCUCAGUGGCAAUAAAGACCCUGAAAGGAGGAUAUGUGGAGCGUCAGCGGCGGGACUUUCUGCGGGAGGCAUCUAUUAUGGGCCAGUUUGACCACCCCAACAUCAUAAGGCUGGAGGGUGUGGUCACAAAAAGCAGGCCUGUGAUGAUCGUUGUGGAGUACAUGGAAAAUGGAUCACUGGACUCGUUCCUAAGGCAACAUGAUGGUCACUUCACUGUCAUCCAGCUGGUCGGCAUGCUGCGUGGCAUCGCCUCAGGCAUGAAGUAUCUAUCAGACAUGGGUUACAUUCACCGAGACCUGGCAGCUCGAAACAUCCUGGUCAAUAGCAAUCUGGUGUGUAAAGUAUCAGACUUUGGCCUGUCCCGAGUGCUGGAGGACGACCCAGAGGCUGCUUACACCACAACGGGUGGUAAGAUCCCAAUCCGUUGGACAGCUCCUGAGGCCAUCGCAUACAGGAAAUUUUCCUCAGCCAGUGACGCAUGGAGCUACGGUAUAGUCAUGUGGGAGGUCAUGUCAUAUGGAGAACGGCCAUACUGGGAGAUGUCCAAUCAAGAUGUGAUUCUGUCUAUUGAGGAGGGCUAUCGGCUACCUGCACCGAUGGGUUGCCCUGUGGCCCUGCACCAACUGAUGCUACACUGCUGGCAGAAGGAGAGGAAUCAUCGACCAAAAUUCACAGAUGUUGUUUCCUUCUUGGACAAACUCAUUCGAAACCCCAGCAGCCUGCUGCCACUGGUAGAAGACCUCCAGAGUCUACCAGAAUCUCCGGGGGAGGAGAUGGACUACCCAAUGUUUAUCUCUGUCGGCGAUUGGCUGGACUCCAUCAAGAUGAGUCAAUACAAGGGCAAUUUCAUGACAGCAGGCUUCAACACAUUGGAUUCUGUGGCAAGCAUGAGUAUUGAAGAUGUGAGGCGUAUCGGUGUGGAGCUGAUUGGCCACCAGAGGCGGAUCGUCAGCAGCAUACAGACCCUUCACCUUCAGCUACUGCACGAACAGGAGAAGGGUUUCCAUGUAUGAGGACACCCUUUAACAUAACCUGGGAUGGACAGGUAGAUGGAGCAGAUGGAAGUGAAGUCUAAACCUUUCGAUGACAGUCUACAGUCUGUGCCUGAGUCUUAAGCCCUCAUGCAGGAGACUGGACAGACUCCUCCAACAGACUCCUGCCAGAUCUCCAAAACAUCCCAUAAAACUUUUUCUACUAUACACCCCUUACACCGUAUGCCUGGUUCUACCAGACUACUACAGCCUGAUAGACUUUACUGACUGGCCCAGGCCCUCACUUGGGGGAAUGUAAUGCCUUGUUGCAACAACAGUACUUUGUGUGUGGAGCAACAGUAUCUAGAAAUGUAGAUUUGCAAAUGUAAUCUACUGAAUCUUUAUCAUUUUUAUUUAUUUAUUUAUUUUGCCUCGAGUUAUGUGCUCAUGUAGCUGCUAUCGGGUGUGCAAUCUAUAUGUUUUGUCCUUUGAAAAGAGAAAUACCCUCAAUAUUUUUCAUUUUAGAGUUUGAUCCUUUAUCAUAAAGAUUUAUUUGGAUUGCUUUAGUUACUCGCUCUCCAGAGAAUCUGGUACACUAAUACUUGAAGAAAGAAGCAAGUUAGGGAGAUUUAUUGAAUGUUUUAAACUGUAUAGACAAUUAAUAAUUAUUAAUAUAACCUAAUAUCAAUAUAUGUGCAGUCCUGUAUGUGAAAGCCCUAGUAAAUUUGGACCUUAAGUAUUUUAUUUACUUAAAAUUUUUAUCAAAAUCAGCAAUACAGUAAUAUGCAGUCACCUCAGAAACUCAGAGAGAUGAGGAAUUGUGCAAUGAGAGAUAUCCACUGGUUCAUAUUAUCAGAUGUUGGGCUUGCACAGCUGAAUUAGUUGCUUUCUUACAGUUUUUAGCAACCACUGUACUCCCAGUUGUGUAAUCAGCCUUAUUGUUUUCUUUUUGAUUGUGAAUGUUAAACAUUGCCUGAAAAAAGUACACAAGCUCCACUGUCUUAAUAUAUGAAUGUUCACAGAGUUUAGCUAUAAAUAGGAGAUGUUUUACAUUAACUGGAGACUUAACAAGGACUUAUAUGGUUCUUCCUAAUAAUUUCUUUUAACCUGGACUCACACUCCUACACACUCUCACAGACACACACUCAGACUCACAGAUUUCAGGAAGUGGUUUUCACUUAGAUGACACAGCUCUUCCAUGAUGUUUGAAGAGGAUAGUUCACAGAUUUGCAGAUGGAUCUGACAUCAGUUUGUGCAUAGAUUGUGGUUGUGUGAAGGUUCUGGUAUUUGUGGCAGUAUUUGAAACCAGUGUACAUAAGCAUCGUGUGAAGUUAAUAUGGUUCUGAUCUGCAGUAUAUGUAUGGGUGUCAGCUUUUUGCCACCAAGGUCCACUUUUCUUCUUUCUCUAAGUAAAUGGUAAAGGGGGCCGAAUGCAGCAUGUUAGUCAAGAUGGAGGCAAUAGAAGUAGCUUAAAGCAAGUUCAGGAAAACAUAAGUAGUUUUUAGUAGUUUUACGUGGUCGCAAAGGAAGAGAGGGUAUCAGCAUAAACAGCAGUGUCAAGUCAUUGUGACAACAGCAGUAACAGAAACACUCGCAACCACACACACAGAGAAUGCCUUACAGUAUGCCAACCAUGCUAGACAGAAACAUUUUAUAGUAGUUUAUAAGUUUCAGUGCAGUUGCAGGACCUAGCCAUCAGUUUGAAUCGUAUGUGAGGAACCACUUGCUUGCAGCUGUGGUUCUUAUCACAACCUGAUUAAUAUCAACUGGAUCUGGAGAUCUUUGCCUUUCAGUCACAGUGUAGUAAUGCAUCUAGGCCUUUCAGGAGUGGGAGAGGUACACACCCAAUUACAGACACAUUUACACACAUUUACACCCACAGUCAACACCCCUCUGCAGAAUACUGAGAUUAUCAGAUGCUGUUUGUUUAGCAUGUUCUACUGCUGAGCAAUGUUAGAACGUUCUUUUGUACAAAGUACAAGUAUACUUAUAAUUCUUGUAUUUUAUUUUUCUAUGAUUUCCAAAGAGAUGUUGUAGAUCUUGCACACUGUAAGAGGCAGUUACAGCGACUAUUUAUUUGCAAAUAAAGAUGAACAG